AUGACCGCAAGUAAGAAAUCGUCGUCCUCCGCCUCAGAGCCGUAUGCACCUCAAGAUGAAUUGCGGGUGCUCCCUGACGAGCCCGUUCCGACCUACGAAACCGCGCUUCGCCAAGGCGCCGGAGGCGGAGCGCCGAGCCCAUCUCACCACUCGGUUCCAAGCGGAUCUCAGGCUCAACCAUCCUACGGCUGCUCGCCAUACACACCACAUGGAACAACGCGUAUUGUCAUCGUUCCAGCUUCUCAUUGGCACCAGUUCCCACAGCAGCCCCAUCAGCCGCUUUUGCCAGCACCCGUAGUAAUGGAGGCCACGCCAAUCCGAAGAGCAGGUCCACGCUUCUUCCUCGCACUUCUGCAAGCUUUCAUGAUCUACAUGCUUAUCAACCUGCUCGUCGAUCUCACCGUCACUCGCAAGUGGUGA